GCUUGACCAUUAACCAAACAAAUGCUCGAUUUUCAGUGAUUUACUGUCUCAUGGCUCAAUAUAUAAAUAAAGACACGUUUUAUAUGAUUUGCUAGAUUAGAUUUCGUCCUAUUUCCACAUUGAUUCAAGCCCCACCCGCUCGAGGCUAAUGCAGUCUUGCCAGUUGUCAGUCGACUGGCAACACCAUAGCAUAUCAUGUUUGCAACGCUGAAGUUUGCAGCGUUGUUGCUCGCGGUUGUUGUCUGCUGGGCAACGCAAGAUUAUGAUUAUAAUGACGCUGAAAUAGACGAGGAGCCUACUCUGGGUGAUUCUCCAUAUGGAUCUCUUUGGCCGUUGCCUCAGAAAGUCAAAAUAUCCACGGUAGUAUUCAAACUCAGCGGUGCUAGCUUCCAUAUAUUCGACGCUAAAGAAUCGUCUUCUGGUGCGAGCUGCAGACUUCUUCAAAAUGCAUAUCGAAGGUAUGAUGAGUACAUCUUUACCAGUUCCAGAAAACAAGGGCAAAACAAGAGCAAAAAGGCAUUGGCCUCUGACAUGUCUGAAUUACAGGUGUGGAUCACAUCAGCUGACUCUGAGUGUGACAGCUACCCCAGUGUGACAUCUGACGAGUCAUACAAACUGUCAGUGGACUCUCCUGUUGCUGUGCUGAAAGCACCUAAGGUGUGGGGAGCUCUGAGAGGUCUGGAGACUUUUAGCCAGUUGGUGUAUAAGGAUGAAUAUGGAGCAAAAAGCAUCAAUAGGACAGACAUUCACGACUUCCCACGGUUUGCACAUCGAGGCCUCUUAUUGGACACCUCUCGUCACUUCCUGCCCAUCAAAGUAAUUUUAGCCAAUCUGGAAGCCAUGGCGUGGAACAAAUUCAAUGUUUUCCACUGGCACAUAGUAGAUGACCCCUCCUUCCCUUACCUGAGCCGUACCUUCCCCCAGCUGAGUCAACAUGGAGCAUACCACCCGUACACACAUGUGUACACGCCUUCUGAUGUGAAGAUGAUCAUCGAGUUUGCUCGCCUAAGGGGCAUUCGGGUUGUCCCUGAGUUUGACACCCCUGGGCACACUCAGUCAUGGGGCAAAGGGCAGAAGGACCUGCUGACCCCCUGUUACUCUGGAGCCAGCCCCUCUGGUUCGUUCGGACCGGUCAACCCCAUGCUCAACACCACCUAUGACUUCAUGAGCAUGUUCUUCAAGGAAGUCAACACAGUGUUCCCUGAUGCCUACGUCCAUCUGGGAGGAGAUGAGGUCGACUUCAGCUGCUGGAAGUCCAACCCUGACAUCCAGAAGUUCAUGGAGCAGCAAGGCUUUGGGAUGGACUACAGCAAGCUGGAGUCUUUCUACAUCCAGAGGCUCUUGGAUAUCAUCACCACUACCAACAAGGGCUACAUGAUCUGGCAGGAGGUCUUUGACAACGGUGUUAAGUUGAAGUCGGACACGGUAGUGCAUGUGUGGAUGGGGAACAAGGUGGAGGAGGAGCUUCAGAAGGUGACGGAGGCAGGCUUCACCACCAUCCUCUCCGCCCCCUGGUACCUAGACUACAUUAGCUAUGGACAGGACUGGCAGAAGUUCUACAGAGCCGAGCCGCUCAGUUUCAAGGGCACAGAUGCUCAGAAAAAGCUGGUGAUUGGAGGAGAGGCAUGUCUGUGGGGAGAAUAUGUGGAUGCUACCAACCUGACCCCUAGACUCUGGCCCCGUGCCAGUGCUGUGGGGGAGCGGUUGUGGAGUGACAGGGAUGUGAGGGACCUAAACGAUGCCUACAGUCGUCUAGCCAAGCACCGUUGUCGCAUGGUCCAGCGUGGUAUCCCAGCUGAGCCUCUCUUUACAGGUUACUGUGCACAUGAGUGAAUGAAUGAAAAGUGAAGACCACUGUGAUCGUCUUCAUGACUUCAUUGAUGCACUGAUACGAGCCAAAAUGUGUUUAAAAACAAUCCUCAUUCCAUGUAAUGUCACAUUGAUCUUGUUUUUAGAAAACCAUUUGUUUUUAUAUGAAUGUAUGAUUCAAAUUAUUAAUAAUUACAUUUUAGUCAAUUCGCAGAUGCUCUUACAGUGACUUGCAGUAGUUAGUGCAUACAUUUUCAUAUUUUUUUUAUACUGGUCCCCCGUGGGAUUCAAACUCUGAAAUUGCAAGCUCCGUGCUCUACCAACUGAGCCACAUGGGACUUAAUAAUAAUAAUAAACCUUUGCAAGGUCA